UGCUCAGGAUGCAUGAGGGGAGGAGUCGCCCUGACGUGCGGUUCACCGGCCGAUGGAAAGGCCUGCCUACUGACAGCAGGACCUACAUGCAGUAAAUGUUGAGCUGCAUAUGAGAGCAGGACUGAGAAGAUGCAACAACAGAAAUCGGGUGUGAUGCUGUGCUCACUGUUGAGAGCAGCUUACUUCCUGCUGCUCAUGCCAGGCUUAUUUGAUGCAACCUCUUUGGUGAAAGUAAAGAAUUCUGAAGGAAAUAGAGUCGGCAUCGACUCGGCUCAAGCACAUGAUUUCUUGACUAAUUCUCGACCCAAAAGGAACAUUGACCCAAAAUGGCACAGAGGAAACCCCGAUUUUCAGUCAUAUUACCGCUACUACAACAGCAUUGGGCACAUUGAGGGGCUCUAUGAGAUUGACAGGAUCAGGAUGCUGUAUCAGCAGAUGCGUCACCUGGAGCUGACCUACGGCCCCGACGCCUCCAGUUACCAAAAUGUCCUGGGCGUGCUACCUACCACUGCAGCACCAACUACCACCACGCAGCCUCCUCCACCACCUCCCACCACCCCUGCCCCUACACCGGACCCCCUGGAGAACGCUCAGAGGUUCUACCUGUGUCCCCCCAAGGAUCCGCUCUGUAAGCCCCAGAUUGUCUACCUGCCCACGGGGGGCGUCCCGGUGCUGUGUGACCCACGAGUCCACACCUGUGCUGUCAAAACGGAGGAGGAGAUAAAGGCUGAGGCUCCCCCUGAAACGCCCCCACCCCCAGCCCCACCCGCCACCAAAAAGUCCGAGGAACCUCCCCCCCCUGCUGUUGCUUUCAAAGGUAUGGAGUACGACUGUGACCCUUACUGGGAUCCCGACUGCCUCAUCGACCACCCUCCCCGUCCCAUCCUGGAGGCCGUGGCUCCAGAGCCUCCGGCUGAGGACAAAGAGGUCAAAGAGGAAAAAGCCGAACCCGAAGAAAGUCUCCCUGCAGCGCCACCCUCCCAGAAAGCCCCUCAGCCUUACUUUGACCCCUACGACUUCAAGCGUGACCUGUACGACCCCUUCCGUUACACCGAUCCAGAUCCAGAACCAGAACCAGAGUCUGACUGACUGGAGUCACUUCAGCCGUCUGGGCCACAAGAUCCAACUGAAGUCAGACUGUGAAAGAAAUAUUUGCAACACGCAAACAUCACUGUUUGGAGGACGGACGCAUAAGAAAUGCUUUAAUACUCAUACAUUUAAAAAAAUGAGAAACUACACUAUGUUUCUUCUACAUGUACUGCAUGUAUGUAUGAACGAUGCCCAAUUAUAU